AUGAUGGCGCCGACAAGAUCGUUGCUGCACUACGUGUGCAGCCUAGUCCUCUUCGCCUGCUGCGCCCGGGCGCUCAGGUUCGACCUGCAGGCCACAAGCCCUCAUGAGGGCAAGAAGGAGCGAUGCAUCCGUAACUUUGUCGCUCGGGACACCCUCGUUGUCGUCACGGCCAUUGUGGACGGUCAGAAGGGUGAUGGCAUGACCGUCAAUAUGCACAUCAAGGACGCUGUUGGCAACGACUACGGCAAGCCUAAGGAUAUUGCGGGCGGCGAGAAACGCAUUGUCUUCACCUCCCACGCCGACGCUGCCUUUGACGUUUGCUUCGAGAACAUCCUCUCUGGCUCCGGACGCAGCGGCGCCACGAGUCGUCACAUCGAGCUCGACAUCGAUAUCGGCGCCGACGCAAAGGACUGGAACGCCAUCCAGGCGACGGAGAAGCUCAAGCCCGUCGAGGCGGAGCUGCGGCGCAUCGAGGAGCUUGUCGGCGAGAUCAACAGCGAGAUGGAUUACCUGCGCUCUCGCGAGCAUAAGCUGCGCGACACCAAUGAGAGCACCAACACCCGUGUUAAGUGGUUCGGCAUCGGUACUACGUUGAUACUCGUCGGCCUGUGGGCCUGGCAGAUUAUGUACCUGCGGGCGUACUUCAGAUCCAAGCACCUUAUUUAG